GCGGCGAGUAUUCGCUUCGUUUGAGCUCCGACACUCUACGUAGAGACUGGCAAUAUGAUAUUCGUCGACGAUGCUGUCAUCGGUAUCAAGGACCCGCGCGAGUACCGACACCUGCGGGUGCUGCGGACCUCGCUGAGGUUGCUGGGCGCCUGGCCCGGACACUACCUGGGCGAGGAGACCGGCUCCAAGUACGAGUGCGCGCCCAUGUUCCUGCUCAUGUUCAUCAAGAUCGCCUGUCUGUACCUCACCAUUGUGUACCUCAGGAACAACGCAGAUGUCCUGGGCUUCUUCGAGCUCGGUCAUGUCUAUCUCACCAUAUUCAUGACUUUUGUGACGCUGUCUCGCGGAUUCUCCCUUACUUGGAAUCCUAAUUAUCACAAAGUGGUGAAAAAGUUUAUAACUGAGAUGCAUUUAUUAUACUUUAAAGACAACUCGGAAUACGCGAUGAAGACUCACCGGAGGGUGCACAAGAUCUCCCACUUCUACACGGUCUUCCUGAAGGUCCAGAUGAUCGCGGGGCUGACCUUGUUCAACGUGAUCCCGAUGUACAACAACUACAGACAAGGAAACUACGCGAGCGACCGGCCCGCGAACAUCACCUACGACCUCUCCAUUUAUUACGAAACCUUUGACAUCUUGAACACCCCAAACGGAUACAUUUUCAUUUGUGUGUUUAACUGGUUCGCUUCGUAUAUUUGCUGCAGCUUCUUCUGUUCCUUUGACCUGAUUCUUUCUCUGAUGAUAUCCACGGUAUCCGGUCAUUUUAGAAUUUUGAUCCACAACUUGCUUACGUUCCCACUGCCUGAGGCGAUAACCGCUUCAAAGAAGUUUGUAGAUAAGCACAGAUGUAAUGGCAAUAGGUCAGAAUUUGUCUUAGAGGAAGCUAAGCUGUACUCACCUGCAGAAAUGUGGCAAGUCACCGAUCGACUGCGGCAGUGCAUCGACUAUCAUCGGAAACUCGUCGAGUUCACGGGGGACAUAUCGGAGGCAUUCGGUCCAAUGCUGUUCGUAUAUUACUUGUUCCACCAAGUGAGCGGGUGUUUGCUGCUUCUCGAAUGUUCACAGUUGAAUACGGCGGCCUUGGUUCGCUACGGAGUACUGACCGUGGUACUGUAUCAGCAGCUCAUCCAGCUCUCCGUGAUCGUCGAGUCCGUCGGGACCGUGACGGGGCGGCUGAAGGACGCCGUGUACGAGGUGCCGUGGGAGUACAUGGACACGAGCAACAGGAAGACGGUGGCUAUAUUCUUGAUGAACGUGCAGGAGCCGCUCCACGUUAACGCACUCGGCCUCGCCAAAGUAGGCGUGCAGUCGAUGGCCGCGAUCCUGAAAACAUCAUUUUCCUACUUCACUUUCCUUCGUACCGUGUCCGAAUGAGCCGCACACCGCACGCCGCACGCCGCACACCGCACACCGCACGCCGCACGCGCCGAUAACUUGACCAGCAGCUAGCAGUAGUGCAGCAAUCUGUUGUACGAGUAGCUACGAGUGUAGUGCGUGACGUGACGUGCCUUGCUAAACGUAUUCAAUUUAUAGCACUGUUAGAGCUCAUUCUUUGAGCAACUAUUUUUUCACUAUAUAGUUACAACACAAGAAUAAUACAAUUGCUUGUUUUCAGUUCAGCGAACAUUUAACUGUAGUGUUGUGGUUUGAUUUGUUGUGAAUUGAGUUGCGAUCGAUUGUGACGUCCCGACGAGUAGAUCAUCGAGCCUGACGUGGGACUACGGCGGCGGCGGCGGCGGCGGCGGCGGCGGCGGCGGUCGCUUGAUGUUGUCUUGAAGGGCCCGUGCUGCCGGCGUCGGUCGAUUACCAAAUUAGUUAAUGUAAUUUUUAGCACUCGUUGAACUGAAUUGCAUUUUCUUUCGAUAAUAAAUAUAAAAAACACA